AUGGCGGACGUGUGGCAACAUUUUAAGAAACUUCCCGACGAGCGCGCCCAGUGUUUGAAGUGUCCGCAAAUUCUGUUAUGCAAAGGUGCUUCAACUAGUGGUUUGUGGUGGCCAGAACCAACUCCGGUACCGGCGAAGCAGCCCAAGUUGUCCGUUAAUUCAACCGUGAAGCAAUCGUCGUUGGAUCCGUUUCUGAAACGAAGUUCACUUCGCGAGAUUGUUGCACGUCUAGCGGCAUUGGACGGGAUAUCGAUUGCUGCCAUUACGAAGAGCAAGUUUAUUCGAGAGUCAGUGUCAGCUAGAGGAUUUAAACUGCCAACAUCCAAAUCCACGAUAAUCAAACUCAUCCAUGAGUUCUACGAUGAAAUUAAAAAUCAGACCAAGAAGGAAUUUCACGACAGGAUCGUCGAAAAAAAGGAGCUCGUCAGUCUUACAACAGAUGAUUGGACCAGUUCUGCUAACAAGCGAUACUUGAACAUUAACGUUCAUUUCGCAGAUGGUUCAUGUUACAACCUAGGAUUGUCUCGGAUUCACGGUUCUUUCCCAGCAGAAAAGAUUGCCCAUGCUAUCGAACAAGUUACCAAGGACUUCGGCAUUGACAUUGGCUCUAUAACGGCCGUAACACCUGGCGCAGCUUCGGUAAUGGUAAAAUUUGGGAAAAUCGUGCCAUAUUUCCACCAGCUAUGCUACAACCACGCAUUGCACCUUGCCGUACAAGACGUCAUCAAUCAAAUGAACUCCAACGAAUCCGAGUCCACGGCAAGUGAAGAACAUUCUUCUUCUGAAAUUCAGGAUUUUGAUGACGAAGAUAGUGACAACGAAGACCGACACGAUUAUUCUGAUAACGAAAAGUUCUAUUCAUCCGGUACGCUAUGA